AUGACGAGAUCUAUUUGUGUGCCACGACUCUGCGGACUUUGCCGCUUUGAACUCCAGUACGGAGAUGACAUAGUGGCAGUACGGCGAUCCGAUAGGGAUAUUUCUCCAUCGUACAAGUAUAGUAUCGGUGGUUUUAUCGAUAGCACUCUGGAUGUCGAUUAUGUAAAGUGUCGUGGACGAUGCAACCAUGAUGAGCAACGGAUUGGGUGCCAUGUUAUCUGCGUCGAAGUUACGUCUCCGGAAACAUUCACGAAUAUUCUUGAUGUUGCAGCACAUGCAUUCGAGCCUCCAGCAAUUGCGGAUAUACGGCGUAUUCGCUGGUUCCAGUCCUAUUUAGCCGAUCUCCUUCAAACAGCUGAUUGCCGCAUCUCAGAUUUGCCCAGAGAAGUCUUUUCUGACAUCGCUGCCUGGGCUUUUGAUGAUCGAUCGACGUGUCACCGCUUGGCCGUCUACUUUGCCAACCAAACAUGUGCCAAGACCGAGGGCAACGCUUCUAUCCAGAUUUCGGAGAAGGUCUAUGCUAGGCACGUUGAAUUCGAAGGUGUUCAAUACAUCGGCCAUCUGAGGAACACGCCCGGUGGCAACCAAGAUUUCCUUUUGUUUGAUCCAAGCCUCUCGACAUCUAUCAACAGCUUGUACAUUGCAAGCGACCAUCUCGGUAUCCGUUGCGUGGUCUUCGUCGACUCAUCGAAACCAUGUACGAUUGAAGAAGAAAUUGGCCUAUGGUGGCAAGCCGUUAAAUUGGAAGACAUUGGCGGCCUCAUUCAGAUCCGCAGUGACGGUUUAAAACUGCGUGAGCUUGUCGACGAUACAAUAGUGUCGCAAAAUAUCUACUGGGGUCUCCCGUAUCUCUCGUCCGUGUGUAGCCGAUUCGAAGAAAUCUGUGAUGCAGAACCAAGCAAUCACAUGUCUGUAGUAUCUUGCAACGAUCCACAGACUACAGCCUACUCACUUUGUUGGAAUUGGGAGAUUCUGAUGCUCCAUGCGCACCGUGUCGGAGAGAGUCUCGACUUUUAUCAGGCCUUACGGACGAUGGAUGAAGCUGCGAUAUGGCUUUACACGCCACUUCACGAAGGCGAAGUACUGACGCAAAUUUGGAAAUUCGAGGGCGAGCUGAGGACUGCAAUUGGCUUACUACUCGUAACGGAUCAAGGACGUUCCACCUUUCUAGGAGUGCAGCCACGGCCAAACUGGGGCCGAUCUAAGUGGACUCUUCUUUACCUGCCUGGCAAGGCCACAAGUCACAUUUACGCUGAGACGACGGCUUGUGGCGUGCGAAGACUCGGCUUCCCAUCACCUCGACCUGAACAUCAAGUUCAAAAUCCAGCAGUCGAGUGGCCAACCCCAUAUCCUAUCUCUCGUCACGACGAGUAUUACGCCUGGAAUAGAGCUAGGCUUACGGACGUGGUUGAGAUUGUCCCAUGCCAUCGCCAACGCAUGGGCAAACCAAUCAUUAUUGGACUUCUCCUUCGCUAUGCCGACGGAACCUCAGCCUGUGUUGGUCAAAUCCGACUUGACUGCUUACAAAGAGCUACGACUGUCGACCCGAAUUCUACGCUGUGGUUAGGGUUCUGGUUGACUGGUGAUGGGCCUUGCGUAGGGAGCGCCAUCUUGGCCAAAGAACAACCAAUCGUACCAGCUUGCGAAAGUUGGUUUGAGGUGGAGUGGCGCGACGACCUCCAGUGGUGGUUUUCCAAUAAGAAAUGCCGACUGUCCCACCAAGAGCGUCUCAGUCCUGAUACCACCAAGAAAUGGAGGAUAUUUCGUUGA